AUGGACUCGUCUUCAGGUUCAGAAGAGGAAGAAGUAAGAGGAAACGAAAUUGUAAUAAAUGCUGCAAACACACAAUACGAAGUCAUUCAAGAAGUUGCAAAUAUACUUGGUUGAAAACUGAGCUUCGAUCCAGAUGAUACUGAAGCUGAUGUUUAUUGGCAAGAUUGUGCUUUGCCACCUGAAAAGCUCUCACAACUGAAGACUUUUCAAAGAAUUAAUCAUUUUCCAGGGAUGUAUGCAGUUGCCCGCAAAGAUCAUCUUGGUAAAAAUUUGAAAGCUAUGAAAAUGAUGUUUCCUGAACAUUAUAACUUUUUUCCUCCCACUUGGAUUCUUCCUAAAGAUUAUAACGACCUUAAAAACCAAUUUAACGCUAAGCGUGCCAAAACGUUUAUAUGCAAGCCAGAAGCAUCAUGUCAAGGCCGUGGAAUAUUUCUAACGCGAAAGUUAGAAGAAAUUCCAGAGCAUUGUGUCGUUCAAAGAUAUCUCCACAAGCCUUUCUUAAUCGAAGGCUUGAAAUUUGACCUUAGAGUAUAUGUUUUAAUUGCAGGCUGUGAUCCUCUGAGGAUGUUUAUUCACAAAGAAGGAUUAGUUAGGCUUGCAACUGUCCCUUAUCAACCUCCAGUUUCAAGUAAUUUAGGUGAUAUGUGCAUGCAUUUAACAAAUUAUGCAAUCAACAAGAAUAAUCCAGAUUUCCAAUUCAAUAGAAAUGAAGCUGAUGACUAUUCUGGCCACAAGAGAAGUUUAAGCACUUUUAUGAAAAAACUUGAAGAGCAGGGCGAAGAUGUAGAUGCAAUUUGGAAAAGAAUUGGAGACGUCAUUGUUAAAACAGUUUGCAUUGUCCAGCCAUUAUUAGCUCAUUUAUAUAGAUCAAGCCAAGCAGUAGACCCCACAAAUUCUAUUUGCAUGCAAAUUUUGGGAUUUGAUAUAUUUUUGGAUCAUAAAUUGAAAGCGCAUUUAUUGGAAGUCAAUCAUACUCCGAGUUUUACAACAGAUACUCCUUUAGAUUCUGCAAUUAAAAAAGCUGUGAUUGGUGAUGCACUCAGGAUGCUGGGACUGAAAAAAGGAAACAGAGCUGAAUAUUUGGAAAAAUAUCAUGGGCAAGUGUUUCUUAGAGCCAAUAGAGGGAUUAAAGAGAUAAGGAGCAUGAGAAGUGAAUUACAAGCAAAGUCAUUAAAAGAAAAGCAAAAGCUUGAGAAGAAAUUUCGAGGUGGAUAUACAAGAAUAUACCCAGUCGAAGACAAUACACUCUAUGAGCAGUUUAUGCUGGCAGCCAAAGAUAUAUGGCUUACAAACGUAGGAGUCAAGCCAAAGGUUAAAAAAGAGACUAAUUUAACUCAAAAUCCCCCUUCAGUUCCAGCUGCAUCUUCAAUUCCAGCUCCAAUUUCCUCCAAACCAAGUCCUAUCCCUAAGUCACUAAAAUCUGCAAAUAAUGAAAAUCGCAGUAAGCAGAAAAAAGCAGUAGUAUCAGCUUCUCUAUAUCGUCUUACCAAAAGAACAGAAAGGCCAAAGAUUGUUAAAGAAGUUAAAUUACCAGCAUUAAGACCUAGUCAUGGGUCUUAUAUCCAGCCUAGAAUUUUUGAAUUCAGUGACUCAGCUUUAACUGUAAUAGCAAGAGAAGUGUCACUGAAGACAAAAUCCAUGUUUGAUGAAUAA